AUGCCUAUGCCUUUCCACAAAGGGCAAUUGCGGAGCGGUGACAAGGCCACCAAUGCUCUGCGACGGGCGCUGAAUGUCAUGGUUUUGACAAUGAAUUGGCUGCAGCUGGGAUCGCCUGCGCGCUGCCCCCAGGACUUCAGGGCUAAUGCCCCUCUGACCGAAGAGCAGCAGGGCAUUGUCUCUCGGUUGGUGCGCCUAUGCACUGAGUGGGCCGCUUCGGGGCCCAUCGCUGCCGCUGCUAUGGGUAGAACAGCCGGGAAAGUGGAGAGCCUGGAGCACAAUGUAGCUUUGCUGACCACCGUUGCUCUCCAGCUGAUCGCCCAACAAGGGUCCAGUGUUUUUUCCAGUUCUGUGCCAAGACAUCGUGCCGGUCCUGCCAGCAAAGCGAGCUCCUUAGUGAGCGAGGUCCAAACUGCUAAAGACAUAGAAGCUCACCGUUUGCAGUUUAGCGGAUGCCCAGCGUUUGAUCCAGUGCCUUUGCUGGAUGCUGAUGCAGCGGCAUGGUAUGCAGAGCCCUUAGACUAUGCCCUCGCCCCUGAGGAGAUUCUGGAACCAGUUCCCCGUGUGCAAGUGCGAGGCCAACAUGCUGAGGUACUCAAGCUGCUGCACUCCCUGGAUGAAACUGGCAGACUAGCCCUUUUUACUCCUGCACAAGUGCGCAUGCCCUUGAGGGCUGGACUGUUUUGCCUGAUGAAGAAUUUGGAAAAGGACCGCCUUAUCAUGGAUGCCAGGCCAGCGAAUCUGGCCGAAGAACCACUGAAUGCAUGGACUCAGAGCAUGGGUUGUGCAACGCCUCUUUUGGAUAUGGUGCUUCCCCCUGACCGGGUUCUGCUUGCGGCAGGUGAGGAUCUGCAAGACUACUACUAUUUCUACAAGGUUAGCAGAAACCGUGCUGCUCGCAAUGCUUUAGCCUUCUCCCUCACUGCAGCCGAAGCGCAGCGCUUCAAGAGUUUCAGAUAUGUGGAAGGGGAGGCAACUCACUACAUCCCCGCCCUCAACACGAUGGCGAUGGGGGACCUCAAUAGUGUGGAGUUCGGGCAGCAAGCACAUAUGAAGUUGGCGUUGCAGAGCGGCAUCAAACUGGGGGACUGCAUCACCUUGCGCGGGCGCAUGCCCCGCCAGAACUGGGUGGUAGGCAUCGUGAUAGAUGAUUUCAUCAUCUUGGAACAAGUGCCUCGAGCGAAGCCUGCUUCUACUGUUUCCUCUCCACUGGCUGAUCGCAUGGUCCAGUUGUACAAGCAAGUGGGGCUAAAACCUCACGAUGGCAAACGUUUCCGAGGGCAAGUCCAUGCCAAGUUUUGGGGCAUCAGUUUGGAUGGAGACACUGGCAUCAUUAGGGCGCAGCUGGAACGAGCGGUACCAGUAGCGGUGCUUACUGCCCAACUGGCACGGUGUGGUUAUGCUGACAGAAAGUUGCUUGAGGUGCUCACUGGUGCUUGGGUGUCGAUCCUGCAGAUGAGACGGAGGUGCAUGUGUUUGCUGGAAGAAGUUUUUUCGGAAAUCCAGCGUUUUGACUAUGGAGUAGUUUUUCAGCUGUCGGCAAAGGCCGUAGAUGAACUUUGGACCAUGGUCGUUUUUGCACCUUUGUUCUGCAGCGAUUUGAGGGCAGAAGUACUGCCGGAGCUUGCUUUAGUGGAUGCUUCAGACAAGUGGGAGGCUGAGGUCGCCUCUCCUGUGACCCACAGCCUGGCGGGGGAACUCGCGAGGCAGCGGCUGACAAAAGCCUCCUGGUCGCGCCUCCUGAGCCCUUUGAAAGCGUUGCAGAAGGUGCAUGGGAUACUACAGCCAGAAGCUGAAGUACCUGCGGGCGAGCUUCCAGCUCGGUCGCACCCCUUGUGGAGAGCAGCAGCCAAGUCGAAACGUUUUUCUUUGAUUGGCAGAAGGAAGAUCAAACGGCGAACUCACAUCAACCUUAGUGAGUUGUCAGCAGCGCUGGCUUCUGAAGCUCGUCGGUCCAGGAAGCAUCCAAACUCCAGAUUGCUUCUGGGCUCUGACAGUCAAGUGGUUUUGGGAGCGUUGGUGCGGGGAAGAGCUUCUUCGGCAAGCUUGAAUCAAAAGCUGAGGCGUCACUUGCCAUGGUUGCUAGCGUAUAACACCUACCCUGCAGUAAACUAUGUGAACACUGCUGACAAUGUAGCAGAUGACCCUACGAGGGACCGGACAUGUCGAGAUCCUCAGCCCGCGCAGAGGUGGUUCACCGCCGCUGAAGCUGGCGAUUUUGAGGAGCUGGACAAAGUUUUGGCUGAGGCGCAAGUCGAUGACAAGGUGAUUGCUAGGCUGCCUGCCGAGCGUGAGCUGAAUGUUAGCCCCUUGGAUCCUCUUUCUCGACGUGCAGCACUUCGGCGAGACUAUGCAAAAAGGAGGACUGCUAGGACGGGGGGGGGGGAUAAGGCAGACACCACUCCUGUCACCGGACGCGUAGAGCCAUGGUUGCAAGCCGCACCUUUGAGCGCCGAUUGCGUUGCAUUGCUGCGGAAGUUGCCGGCGUCGCAGUUUGUGCUUCCACCAGGCCAAAAACUGGAAGAGCUCGUGUUGCGGCAAGGGCACUUAGACCUCUUUUCUGGCCAACGUGGUGCGGCAAAGGCUUUAGCAGAAACAACAGGCCAUUGGGUUCUGACCUUCGAUGUGGCACACCAUGCUAGUGAAAAUUUGUUGGACCCGAGUGUGCAGGACUUUCUGGCCAGCCUUGUUGAGGCAGCAGCCUUUUUGUCGGUGGGCGCCGGACCGGUUUGUGCGUCUUUUUCACGAGCAGUCCGACCACCAGUGCGAACGAAAGAAUGCCCGACAGGCCUUGCUGACCUGACAGACAACAUGCGCGAGAAAGUCCAAGUCGGCAAUGCUAUGUCGCAAUGGUUGGCUGCUUUCAUCGCCCUCGUGCAUGCGCACGGGAUCUGCUGGUGGGUAGAGAAUCCUGCGGGAAGCUAUCUCUGGUGGCAGCCUGAAUGGGUUAGGCUUAUCACCACACUUGGGUUACGGUUUUUUACAACUGACUACUGCAGAUGGGGCACUCCUUGGCGGAAGAGAACGAGGUUUUUGACGAAUACCAGCGUAGCUGGGGAGACCCUACUGUGCCAAUGUGAAAGGCCGCACAUUCAGCUUGUUGGAUACAGCAAGAGUCGGGGCUGCUGUUUGAAAGCAGCAGAAGCUUACCCCACUGGUUUAUGUCGGUUUUUAGCCAAAGUUGUGGCUGAAGAGCUGAAGCCAACUGACCGUAGACAGAAGUUCGACGUAGCUAGCUGUGCAAAGUGUUGUGGCCGCCGAAUAGGCGAGGCUUCGCACCCAGGGCCGCGAGUCCGAAGAGUGCUACCAGCAGUUGAGCUAGAUGAGGUGGACACAGUGACGCCUGCUACACGACUGCUGCAAGCCCGAGCCUUAGAACGCUAUGCGAGAUGGCUGUCAGAGAAUUUGCCUGCAGAUGUACUCCAACACCUUUGGGAUAGCCCUUUGUUUCAGGUUUCUUUUUUGCAAAGUUUUGGCCACUGGAGUUUUCAGCGCGGAGAGCCCAUGUACUUAUUUCGCCACCUGGUGGUGCACUACCAGAAGUCAUCGCCUGCAGUGCGAGCGCAACUGGCACCAGCUUGGGAUUUGCUUCAACGCUGGGAAAUAGUACAACCUGUGCAGCACAGACCGCCCAUGCCUCGGCAGUUACUAGAUGCCUUUUUGAGUCUGGGAUUACUUUGGGGAUGGCACCGGUGGGUCGGCGUGACUGCUUUGGCUUUUCAUGGUGCCACAAGGAUUGGAGAGCCUAUUAAAGCACGAAGAGCUGAUCUGCUUUUACCGGCCGACCUAUGCGUGGAUGACGAUGUUUGUUUUCUGCGAGUGGGAGCUCCAAAGCCGGGACGUAGGGGUCGCGGCCGAGUUCAACAUGCCCGCGUUUCCCAUGCUUCCACGGUGAGGCUGCUGGUUUCCGUUUUUGGGAACUUAGAGCCGGAGGCUUUUCUUUUCUCUGCCUCACCAGCUGCAUACCGGCGGAGAUGGGACAAAAUAGCAGACCCAUUUUCCAAUUUUGCAGUGCCUGCAGAUGGCGCGCCACAGACGCCUACCGACCCAUUUUCCAAUUUUGCAGUGCCUGCAGAUGGCGCGCCACAGACGCCUACCGCAUUGAACCUCCCUGCGGCAUACAUUUUUUUCUACGAGUUGGCGGCUCAGGCGACAGGUCGCCAUGCCAUGCCCAUCCAGCAGCGUUGCGAAGUGCCCCCGCUGCCGGUGAACUAUGCCUGGCGCGCGGGGCUCACGGAAUCGGUCGCCAAGAGUCUGCAGAAAUGCCUCAAGGCCUCUGGCCUUUGCGUGGUUCAUGGAGCGGGUGGCAUGGGCAAAACUGUGGCCACUUGUGCCACUAUCCAUCACGAAGAAUCCUUGUCAGAGAUGUUUCCUGACGGAGUGGCAUACGUCACCGUGGGCCAAG